UAUCGAUACAACAACAGCUGGAGACCAGCUGAUCCACGAAAUGAACAACAAAUCUGAUUUCACGAAAUGUUUUUAAGCUAAAUCCUGGUCAAAAAUAGAAUAAAUCCUUAUGGCUGCCGAUCCCAACCACCCCUCAACCUCGGCGGAUGAAGCGCCUCUGUUUCCGCCCGCCAAGCCUGGCAAACGGAUCGACUACGGUACAAAUGAUACACUGGAGCUUCUGGAGCGCAUUCCGAGCCAAGUGGUCGAUCUGAAGCUGGACGAUGUGCUAACCGCCGUUAAGGAGGUGGACAACCUCUGCGACUAUGCGCGCUGCAAGACCAAAACGAGCCUAAUGGGCCAGGACUGUCCGCACUGCAAGAAGCGGUUCUGUUUCAAGCACGGUCUGCCCGAGGUUCAUGGCUGUGGCGAGGAAAUCAAGCGGGACGAGCGCAAGAAGUUUCUGCACCCCAAGCCGGCGAAGACAGUGCGUCACGAGGAGGAUGUCAAAAAUGCCAAAAAAAGACUGGAUGCUAAGUUGAAGGAUAUGCAAGUUGGGCGCAUGCAAAAAGCAACCGGCGGGGGCUCCAAAAAGAAAGGAAAAUAGCCGUAAAAUUAAUAGUUUUUCCCCAUCGCACAAUACACACGCAUACAUACACAUCAACAGCUGAUGAAAUCAGCUGUUUUCGCGUUCUAAAAUUUUACAGUUCUUGAAAAUAUGAUUAAAACACAGCCUAGACAUUUAAUAAACC